AAUGAUCGCGAGAGAUGGAGGAUUUAUCGUUGCGGGAGCGCGGUAAAACGAAAUCGAAUUUCAAUCCGUGGAACGAUGCGCGAAUAUUGACGCACGUUAUCGCGAACAACGGCAGAACGGUCGAUCUUUCUCAUUUGAGAAUCAAUGAGACAGACGCGAUGCCGACGCGAUCCUACGACCGCAACACCGUCGACGUUGCCAACGAAAAUUACUACAACACCAGCGACAAACCGCCAUCGUUUGAUUAUCUGAAGAUCGCCAAUCCCGUUUUGCCGUAUUCCAUCAAUACGGUGCACCUGCAAAAUCCGUACAGGCCGCUUCAGCGAUUGGAGGGAUUUGUGUCCCGCGAUAACACAAAGGGUAUGUACAAAUCGCAAGAUUUUGUUCUAAGAUCGAGGUAUAACAAUUUGUUUCCAAAGAAAGAACUAAAUCCAAACAGAGACAGCGAUCACGAGAAUGAGAAAGUCGAGAGACUGAAAAAGAAGAAACCUCAAGUAGUCAACGAAUUUUACAACUUGCUUCGGCAGUACUGCGCGAACACCAGUCUUCACGGAUUGCGUUAUGUCGGUGACUCGGAGUUGUCGCUCGUGGAAAGAAUAUUUUGGAUAAUAUCGUUCAUCACCGUGCUGGCAACGGCGAUAUAUUAUAGCUGUUACCUUUACGACAAGUGGCACGGAGCUCCGAUUAUUAUUUCUCUGAGUCCCGAACCGAUAGCUCUUAAUGAAUUUCCAUUUCCGUCCGUAACAAUAUGCAAUAUGAACAAAGUCAGGAAGACCGAAGCGAUGCGAAUCGAGCGUGGAUCCGAUAUGCGGGAAAAAUUGUUGAUGGAAGACGUCUGCAACACGGAAAAUAACAUAACUUACGAAGAGCAAGAGGCUAUCGAAUGGGACGCGGUGUUCCAGUUCAUGCUCAAUGUAUCUCAACCGUGCACAGAUAUGUUAUAUUAUUGCGUUUGGCACGGGAACCAGACCGACUGCGAAAAGAUUUUUAAUCCUACUCUGACCGACGAGGGCAUGUGCUGCAAUUUCAACGCGGUGGACAAAAAGUAUCUCUUCUAUAACGCACGCGAUUGGCCGAUAUUGAAUAUAUCUUAUCCAUCAGAAAGCGUCGAUUGGAACGCUGAAAAAGGAUAUACAUCGAGCAUGAUGCCGGAUGUCGUACCGUGGCGACCGUACGGCGCUGGUCUCUAUUACGGUUUGACUUUGGUUCUCGACGUAGACGUGAACGAGUAUUAUUGCUCGACGACCGCUGGCGCAGGCUUCAAAAUGUUGCUUCACAGUCCCGUCGAGACACCGAAGAUCGCCGAUUUUUCGUUCGCGAUUACCCCGGGUGAGGAGACCCGGGUGAUCAUAAGACCACGGAUAUCGACCGCCAAUCCGACAAUAGUGUCCAUACCGCAGAGGAAACGGAAGUGCUUUUUCUCGGCUGAGAGGAAGCUGCGUUACUACCGCACGUACACGCAACGGAACUGUAUCUUGGAGUGCGAGGCGAAUUUCACGCAGCAGAUGUGCCACUGCGUGCAGUAUUACAUGCCAAAAUCGAAGAAUACGCCAAUUUGCAGCAAGAAGGACGAACAGUGCGCCAAGCUUGCCAGACGCACGAUGGAAAAUAAACUCUACGACGAAACGGAAGGAAAUCCGUUGAAUGUCACAAUACCGAGUUGUAACUGCUGGCCUGGCUGCUACGAGAUCAAUUACAGACUAGAGCUUUCGCAGAACAAACUGUUAUCGUCUUUCAAUACUGAAAAAAGAUACGUGAAGAAGGAUCUGAAGUAUUUCACAAAAAAUAUAGCAGUGGUGCAUUUGUUUUUUGUGGAUUCCCAAUUCACAAAGUACGUGAAGAACGAGCUCUUUGGAUUUAUCGACUUUCUAUCGAGUACUGGUGGCUUGCUGGGUCUCUUCAUGGGCUUCAGCUUUCUCUCGGUCAUGGAAAUCGUGUACUUUUUAACUAUAAGACUGGUGUCUCGCUGGUACAACGCUCGUCGAAAACCCCAUAAGUUUACUGCACAUCACAAGACACACUUACCGGACGAUAGUAAAAAAGUGAUCUACCCUUUCACCAACUGAAACUCGUGAUGUAAAUAU